AUGCAGCCGUCUACCCUCUUCCUGACCGCCCUCGCCUCUGCCUCGGUGGCCAUGGGUCUCCCGUUCAACCUCUUCCGACCAAACUUCUCAGGCGGCUCCGCACCCAUUAUACACCAGGGGUUAAUGACCACUCCCUAUUCUACGCUUGCUGGUAAACGUGAGGCUGUCAAAUGCUUCACCUUUUUUGUCAGAGCUGGCUUGGUUAGCAGAUUGGCUUGGAAGGGUCUCGUCUAG